GCGCCGGGGCUGUGGCAUGCGGCGGGGCUGAGGGCGGCGGUGCCGGCGGUGCGCGCGGUGCCGGCUGCUCGCCAUGUCCUUCGCCAUGCUGCGCCCCGCGCCCGGCCGUUACCUGUAUCCCGAGAUCAGCAUGCUGUCGGAGGACGAGGAGAACGGCAGCGAGAGCUCGGGCUCCGACGAGAAGCCCUUCCACCUGGACGCCGACGGCUUCGGCAUCAAAGCCGGCAAGAGGAGGAGCGGCAAGAAGCCCGGGCGGCUGCACCGCGAGCCCCGGCAGCGGCACACGGCCAACGCGCGGGAGCGCGACCGCACCAACAGCGUCAACACCGCCUUCACGGCGCUGCGCACCCUCAUCCCCACCGAGCCGGCCGACAGGAAGCUCUCCAAGAUCGAGACGCUGCGCCUGGCCUCCAGCUACAUCUCGCACCUGGGCAACGUGCUGCUGGUGGGCGAGGCGUGCGGCGACGGGCAGCCCUGCCACACCAGCCCGGCCUUCUUCCACCACGGCGGCGGCGGCAGCCCCCCGCCCCGCGACUCCGAGAACUCCCAGCCCAAACAGAUCUGCACUUUCUGCCUCAGCAACCAGAGGAAGCUGGUGAGUGGCUGCGUGCGAGGGUCCGAGGGGUGCGGGGAUGGGUGGGAGUGCGGUGGGACCCGAGGUUUGGGUGCGGGAGUGUGGCGGAACGCAAGGGUUGGGGUUGGGGAUGCGGUAGAAGCCAGAGGUUGGGCACAGGAAUGCAAUAGGACCCGAGGUUUGGGCAUGGAAAUGCAACAGGACCCGAGGCUUGGGCAUGGAAAUGCAACAAGACCCGAGGCUUGGGCAUGGAAAUGCAACAGGACUCGAGGCUUGGGCAUGGAAAUGCAACAGGACCCAAGGCUUGGGCAUGAGAGUGUGGCAGAACCCAAAGUUUGGGGACAGAAAUGCGUCAGAACCCAAAAUUUGCUCAUGGAAACACAGCAGAAGCCAAGAUUUGGGCAUGGAAACGUGGCACAACCCAAAGUUUGGGUAUGGAAAUCUGACAGAACCCAAGGUCCGGGUGUGGAAACACAGCACUUCCCUCCAGCAUUUGCAGAUCUGCUAGCUCCAAAGCCCAAAGAGUGAAGGAAUGGGGGAAUGGGAAAUCCUGGAGGGUUUUAGGAGCUGGAAAUGAGAGGCAGAGGGGCAGGGAUGGGUGCGCAUCCAGCGCUGUGUGGCACAGCAGCUCUGAGUGGCAGAAGGCCGUGCCUUGUGCCAGCGCUGGGUUUGGGCCCUGGGCAGUGCUGGGUGCCCACAGGGCGAUGGUUUGGUGCCCUCUAAGCAUCCCAAAGGGGGGUGGCACUGGUUGGGUCGGUGCGCCGUGCGUAGUUUGGGUUCACCAAAGGCUCUCCUUGCCUUUGGGGAAGUGCUGCAUUGCGCCGUGCUGUGCCCCUGGGCGUCACCUGGGGGUGGGCAUCACCUGCAGGCAUUGCUGCACCUGUGGGCAUUGCUGCACACGCAGGGCAGGUGCCAGGGGCGAAGCAAACCCUGCGUGGGGCUGCAUUGUGCACCCAGACCCACGGGCAGGUGAGGAGCUGGGGCAGCAGGCGGUGGAGAUGGCUGGUUGUGCGCCCCUCCCUGCCCCCCCCUUGAUGCCGGGUGGAGGAUGAAGAGGAGGAAGGAGCUGUGGAGGAUCUGGGGCUCGUGAUGCACCAAGCGGCGGCAGUGGAGCGCUCACGAGUGGACUGUGACAGCUUGAGAGCUUCCAAGCAGGAAAAGCCCAAAGCCGCUAAUCCUCCCUGCGCGCCCUUCCAGCUCUGUGGGGCCGGAGGGUCACCACAGUGAGGAUUUACACCAGCAUCCCCCCCAGUUCUGCCAGGGCCCGGAGCACCCAUGAGGAAAGGAUGCUCUGUGGUUCCCCCUCCCCGACCUUCAUGCGAACAGAAGCUGCAGGUGGAGGGGGGAGAUCCCACAGAGGCGGGAGGGGAAGCUUCCGCUCCCCUCGGAAACCUCCAGCGCUCUCCUCUGUCUCCAAAGCAUCGCCAACUUUGCACCGAUUCCUCUCAGUCCUCAUUGCUGCAGCUCUUGUCGGGAGCAAACCCCCUCCCCCAGGAGCAGGAUGUAUCUAUUCCUGCAGUAACUCUGGACAGACCCCCCCAGAUUGGUGCUCGGAGAGUUCGAGGCGCUCCAAAUACGCUCCUUUGGGGACCGAUGGGAGCAGGUCGUGCCUCUGUGCUCACCCUGCGCUGUUCUUGAGGGUGAAAUGAUGGAAAUAAACCACCUGUGAACUGGGAUGGCACACGGAGAGGGGAUGGAGACGCACCUCCCAACACGAGGCAGCCCCCGGCCCCACCAACACUGCACAAAGUGGCCCCCAGGUACUGCAGGAUGCAGCCCCCAGUCCCCUGAAUACUAGACAGGAGGAAGACCCCUGCCCACGGGCACGAGAUCCCCUUUUCCAUCGCAGGAGGCAGCCCUGCACUCCUGUGCAUUGCUUGAGUCAGCUUCAAGACCCGUCCUGCUGCAUGAGGCAGCCCCCAGACCUUCGCCUGCUGCACAAGUUGGGGUAGAAACCCCUGCCUUUGUGCCUUAGCACGAUGAAGGGCAGAGACCACCCAGCCCACCACAGGAGACAAGGGAAAGACCCCUGCCCACUGCACAAGAUAGGGUGGACACCUCCCAGCCACGUUCCCAUUGCAUGAGGAAGGGCACAGACCCCUGCCCCUCACAGGAGGCAGCCCCCAGACACCUGCCCACGUGUCCGUCACAGAAUGAAGGGCACAGACCCCUGCCCAUCACAGGAGACAAAAAGAGACCCCUGCCAAUGUGCCCGCUGCACAGGACGGGGCAGAGACCCCUGCCCAUUGCAGGAGGCAGCGCCCAGCCCCUUGCCCAUGGCAGGAAUCAAGGCAGAGCCCCCUGCCCACAUCCCCCUGGCAGGAGGCAGGGCUCUGCACGCCCUGGCUGAAGCGUUCCCCGUCCAUCCAUCCCCACCCUGCAGUGCUCACUUUUCCACCAUGCCUUUCUGCUUACGUGUGCGGAUGCCGUCCCGACCAACGCGCCUUCAUGGCACAGAGUCCGGCCCUCUGCUUGGCCAAGAGGGCGUGAGGGGACAGGAACUCAGGAUGUGGGGCAGCACCAUUUCCUACAAACCCUACCCAGGUUUCAGCCACCCUGUGAGCCAGUGUCAUAUCCCAGCGUCCCGAUGCCUUCCCGCUAGGAUUUUGGGGCUGACCCCAACCCCGUCCCUCUGGGGAAAGCCCCCCUGUUUUGUUUGUUGCCAAGCAGAAACGGCGAGCAAUGGAGAGUGGAGGGCAUGGGGUGUUCCGUGCCCACAGCCUGCAGGGGCUGGGCUGUGCCAUGAGUGAGCGGGAGGGAAGUGAAACCAUUUUGGGGCAUUUGGCACACAUGUGUGUGUGUGUGUGGCACUGCCAGGCAGCAGGGAUGGGCCUGUGUCCAUGGGGCUGUGGCACAGCAGGCACUGCUGGCGCUGCAGGGUGUGCCAGGGCUCCAGGGAGCUGCGGGUGGAGGCUGUGCCACAGUGUGGGUGGUGAGCCAGAGGAGGGGUCACCUCCCUGGGAUCUUCUGGGGGUCCCUUUGUGGGUGCUGCCUGUGCCGUCCCCUCCAGGACGAAGGGAGAUGGAUGGGGACACGGUGCUGGUGGGGACAUGGGGACGUGGUGGUGGUGGGAUACCUGGUACUGGUGAGGACAGGGCUGGUGGGGACUGAGCUACUUCUGUUGGGCAAAGAGCAGAGGGAACGGCAUGGGGCAGCGCUCGGACACCCCUGGCAGGCUAAGGGCUGGGCUCCGUUUUGCCACAAAAAGCCUAAAUUCAAUGAAAUUCCCUUUGCUGAAUGCACUCAGGGCUGAGACCCUUUGUGGUGCUCUCCCCCUGUCCGCAGCCCACCCCAAAGCCCACGCUGAAGCAGAAGCACAAGUUUGAGAGGCAGCGAAAACGGGGAGGGGGCACCGAGAGCAGCUGGGAGCUCAGGGGGGUGGCAGAGGUCGCAAAUGAGAUGGGGGCCAAACCUGCCGUCAGGCUCUCGCAACCUGCACCCAGCGGCUGCCCCAGACCCCAUCCACGGGGAUGGGGACAACCCAGUGCUGGGUUUGUAGCCCAGAAAGGGCCAAAGGAGCUCAGCGUUUGCUCAGCUGGUGGUGAUGGAACCCGGUGCUCAGAGUUCUGCCCCACUGCCACAGGGAGGAUGAAUGACUCCAUUCCACAGCACAGCAGGGUGGGCACCCCUGGCGGCACCGAGCACCCGACUGCACCCAACCGAGCUCUGCCCAUUGCACCAGGAACCCUACCAGCUGGGAACCAAGUGCAGCUCCUGUCCUGUGGGUCAGGGGUGUGGGCAGCUCCUGGCAGAGCCCAAUCCUAUGGGGCACGGUGCUGGGAGCGGGGCUCAGCUCUGCCCCAGAAUGGCAACACAGUGGGACCCCGGUGCUUGAAGCAGUGCAAUGGGGCCGGGCAGCCCCUGCUGACCCCGCAGCUUCCCCACAGUAUCUGGAGAUGGGCCGGCUACGCAGCCCCAUAAUUUACUGUUCCUGCUGCACUUAAUGGCAGCGGAAAGGCAAGGUGAUAGGGGAAAAAAUAUGAGGCGGGAUUUUCCGAAUCCCCAUUUCCUCUCCAGACAGCACAAGAACUCCUGGGGCCCGAACAUCUGGGAAAUUUAAUUUUACCAUUUCGGAGCUGAACUCCCCUUCCCCUCCCCUCCCCACCCCCGGUAACAAAGGAAGAGUCAGAGCCGGGGCUGCACGUGCAGCGUGGGGGAGGCUGCACCGGCAGUGCCGCAGAGUGGCUCCGGCACAGCCAGGGCACGGCCACAAUGGAAAAGGGUGCAUGGUGCCAGCAGGAGGCACAGAGAACCAUGGAUGAACUGGGAUGGAGGGGUCCUUAAAGAUCACAGAAUUGGCUGAGUUGGAAGGGUCCUUAAAGAUCAUAGAGCCAUGGGAUGGGUUGGGCUGGAGGGGUCCUUAAAGAUCACAGAAUUGGCUGAGUUAGAAGGGUCCUUAAAGAUCGUAGGGCCAUGGGAUGCGUUGGGCUGGAGGGGUGCUUAAAGAUCACAGAAUUGGCUGAGUUGGAAGGGUCCUUAAAGAUCAUAGAGCCAUGGGAUGGAAAGGGUUGGAUGGGUCCUUAAAGAUCACAGAAUUGGCUGAGUUGGAAGGGUCCUUAAAGAUGGUAGAGCCAUGGGAUGGGUUGGGAUGCAGGGGUCCUUAAAGAUUACAGAAUUGGCUGAGUUGGAAGGGUCCUUAAAGAUCAUAGAGCCAUGGGAUGGGUUGGGAUGCAGGGGUCCUUAAAGAUCACAGAAUUGGUUGAGUUGGAAGGGUCCUUAAAGAUCACAGAGCCAUGGGAUGGGUUGGGCUGAAGGAGUCCUAAGAGAUCACAGAAUUGGCUGAGUUAGAAGGGUCCUUAAAGAUCGUAGGGCCAUGGGA